AUGGGAUGGGUCCUGAAUCCCACGGGCAACUUCCGAAACUUCUGGGACUUCGUUGGCAUGGCCUUGCUGGUGAAGGAUGUGAUCAUCAUUCCGCUGCAGCUGUUCGGGGACCACUUCUAUGACAUGUUUGAUUGGCUGGUCAAGUUUUCUACGGGCUACUGGUGUGCAGACAUCGUGCUUUCCUUCUUUACUGGCUACCUCGACAGGGGUGUCCUUGUUCUGGACCAUCGGCGCAUUGUUUGCCACUAUCUUAAAGGCUGGUUUUUUAUUGAUGCACCGAUUGCAGUCACAGACGUCGUCCUGGAGCUCGGCGUCAGCACCUCCACUGGCAGAGCCUCUCGUUUCCUCCGGGCCCUUCGAUUGAUUCGCAUUGCCCGACUUGGCAAGAUCUCGCAGGUACGAGCUGGCGAAACUGUUUUGGGGGCGCCCCAUAGAGCCCAAGGCCAUGAAGCUUGA